AUGGAAUGUAACAAGCAUGAUGAAGAUGCACGAAAGUUGUCAUACGUUGAAUUCCCAACUAAAUAUGUUUGGAAUAAAUCAGAUAAGAUAUGGACAAAAAGAAAAACCAAGUCCAAGGCACUCGGUCGAUUAAACCACGUUUCUCCCAAGGCUGGUGACAUUUAUUACCUACGGAUUUUGCUGAACAAAAUCAAGGGUCCUACAUGCUAUGAAGAUAUCAAGAAAAUUAACGGAAUUGUACAUGACUCUUACAAAGAUGCUUGCUAUGCACUUGGUCUAUUAGAUGAUGAUAGAGAGUACAUUUCGUCAAUAAACGAAACACAUCAUUGGGCCACAACUUCUUUCUGCCGGUCUCUCUUUGUUAUGUUGAUUACAUCAGAUAGUUUGUCAAGUCCUGCUCAUGUUUUUGAAGAAACAUAUCAAUGUCUUUCUGAUGAUGUCAUUCACGUUCGUGAACAAGAAAUCGGCGUCAGAGGCUUGAAGUUAAAAGAGGAUGCAAUUUUCAACCUUACCUUGUCAUACAUCGAGAAAUCAUUAUUGAGCUGUGGAUUGAGUUUGAAGCAAAUACCAAAUAUGUCGUUUCCUGAUCAUAGAUACAUUCAAGAGUCAUGCAAUAUGUUAAUUCAAGAUGAGCUUAACUAUGAUCCUGGUGUUAUUGAAGUUGAGCAUCAAGAUUUGUAUUCCAAAUUAAAUGUCGAGCAAAAAAAUGUUUAUCACACCAUUAUGAAUGCGGUUAACAACAACCAAGAUAAAGCAAAGGAAACAUGGAGGCAUUAA